AUUGUGUCUGUCUCUGUAUGUUGUGUUUGUUUAUCUGAGUAGCAAGCUGAAUUUGGAUCUGGAGGACAUGGAUGAUGGAUAGUGAGUGGAUGAGUUUGUUUGUUUGCCUUCUCUAAGUCUGGAGCGAUUCACAACUUUGGAUUUAUUUCGUCCAUUACCAUAGACCCUCAGUCUAUGUGGUAUUAAACCAGAAGUUCUAAAAUAACCAGCCCAGAAAAAGACCUAGAGAACGGGACAGGAAGUGCACUCAAAGCAUCUUGAGAGCCCGUUUGCAGCAGGUGUCUUGUUCCAUUCCUUAACAGAGACCUCAAUAAAACUACUUUAGAGCAAGAUGGAAGGCACCAGAACUUUCUGGCUUUUUAUCCUGUUCACCCAACUGCCAUUCUGUCAUACUGACGCAGGCCGAGACAUUUCAACUAUCCAGACGUAUUCAUCUAAAUCAGACGACCAAGUUGGCAGCACAACCCCUUUCGUGGAACCUGGAUUCACAACCACUGAUGACAAAAACUCCACCAACAGCAUCAAUGGUACUCGUGCUGACUGCCUGAUGGACACCGAGAUGGGUCUGAUUGCUAUAGGUUCAGCAGGGGGCCUGAUUGUCUGCUUGCUGUUUGCCACCAUGGUACUGGCAUGCCAGGUCUGCCACCUUCAACGACGGGUUUAUGUCCCUCGUACCUCGCGGUCUAACAUGGACUUGGUGAGUGGUACCGGCUAUUGGGGUACAGACCGACCAGAGGUUGGAGGACUGGUUGGUCCAUGUGACAUCAGUGUCAUGCUUGAGGACGUAAGGGCAGACAGCAAGAUGGAGGACGAGAGGCAGGCUGAAAUACAAGAGGCAAUGGAGGACGCAGGACUUGAGGAAGGGGCGACAGCGAUGGCUUUUGAUCCAGAAGACAAAGCCAGUCAGAUAAGGAGCUCCAGCUCCAGGGACUCCUGUUUGGAGGUUCCUAGAGAUUUAGAGGACAUGCCACUUGUUGUGUGAGGAGGUAACCCUAUCUGUCAACUCCAGCCUCAGACACAGUCAGCUCAGCUGUUAUAUGUUAACUUGGCAUGUUCGAUUUAUAUUCUUUCAAGUUUAGUUCACUUCACAAUUUCUAACUCAAACCUCAGUAAAAUAUAGGGCUGCAUGCGCAUUGCAUGAAUUUUUGAAUACUAGUGUCAAUAGACCAGAAGUUUUGUUACACAUAAUAAAAAGAGUAGUUUCACAUUAGCUUUCUUGAAUAAAGAUGCAGUUUUCAGCUUUUUUCACUGAGGAAAGAAGCUAAAGUUAGAUUAUAGUAAACUAUAUUAUAUAGCCUGUAGCAUAUAGCCCAAAUCUGACAAAAAUCGUGCAAUCGUGAAUGAUGUGAUUCGAAGGGUUCAAACACUGUGAUACUCAAUGGGUUUUGAUAUUGAGUGCAACCAAAAAUUUGCUUUAUACGUAAAAGAAGAAAAAAAAGCAUUUUGGUUCAAUAUCUAUGCCUCAUAAUAUAUACAUUUGAAUGUAUUAUGUUACGAGUGGGAUUUGUUCAAAAUUACUAUAAAGCAAUUAAAAAAUUUAGAUAAAUAUUCUUAGGGAAUAUAGAGAAUAUUUAAGUUUCAUGAAAAGAAUAGUGUUGUUUUGUACAUUAGUUUCAAGCAUAAAGCAGCAAAGAAGUGCUUUUGGCAUACAAGAAACUAAUAUUUAAAAAGAGUGUAGUGCAGAUGUUGAAUAAAAUAUAUCAUGAGAAAUACUUCACAAUAACUUUCAAACAUCUAACCUAAUGCUACAUAUAUGUUACACCUUUGCUUGGUUUGAAUCAAAUCUUUUGUUUUACAACAUAACUGAGUAAAUACAAUAAUUAAAGAAACAGAUAAAAAGGUAGACCAACAUCAAUAAGAUUGACAAAAACUUACAGUAUUAAAGAGAGCUCAGAAUUUAUUCCUAGUUUUGACACAAGUCAGCUUGUGUGCUACUGAAGCAAUGCUGAAAAGAUGGUCAGAAAGCUGAUAACAAACAGCACUUGUUCUACUAAAUAAAACUUAAAUUUUAGAAAUUUGCUUCUUUUGAUUGAAUCAAUAUAAUGCAUAUAAUAUUACAUCCACAGCCAGACUUUUUAAUAUUAUUGCUCUUUUAUAAUUCAUUACAUGAAAAAGCCUGUUACACUAUCAGGUUUUAAAUAAAUUCCUUUUUUCAUUGUA